AUGUCAGAACAAGCAGUCAGGAGGAAACUGGUAAUUAUUGGUGAUGGUGCGUGUGGUAAAACAUCCUUACUUUAUGUUUUUGCCCUAGGUCAAUUCCCACAAGAAUAUCAUCCAACCGUCUUUGAAAAUUAUGUUACCGAUUGUAGAGUUGAUGGGAUUAAGGUUACUUUAACGCUUUGGGAUACUGCUGGCCAGGAAGAGUAUGAAAGAUUACGCCCAUUUUCUUAUGCAAAUGCCGACAUUCUACUUAUGGGAUUCGCCGUUGAUGAUCCCGAAUCACUUUUGAAUAGUAAAACAAAAUGGGCAGAAGAGGCACUACGAUUUUGUCCAGAUGCUCCAAUAAUUUUAGUUGGAUUGAAAAAAGAUUUAAGACAAAUUAAAGGUUCAUUACAAAACGAAUUGGUUAGCAUAGAUGAAGCUCAACAAGUAGCUAGACACAUUGGUGCAAAAAAGUACUUGGAAUGUAGCGCAUUGACUGGUGAUGGUGUUGAUGACGUUUUUGAAAUAGCUACAAGGACAAGUCUUUUAGUCAAUAAAGAACCAGGACAAAAUUGUUGUUUGAUAUCUUGA